AGUUCCCAUUUAUCGCUCUAAGUGUGCAACGUUAGAAUUAUUUCGAAAUGGGUAUUCUGGAAAAAAUAUCUGAGAUUGAGAGAGAGAUCGCUCGAACUCAGAAAAAUAAAGCUACUGAGUAUCAUUUGGGUCUGCUGAAGGCAAAAUUAGCGAAAUACAGGGGUCAAUUACUUGAACCAACGGGUAAAAGUGGAGCAAAAUCUGAAGGUUUUGAAGUACAAAAGUGUGGUGAUGCUCGUGUAGCUCUGAUAGGGUUUCCGUCGGUAGGAAAAUCAACUUUAUUAUGUAGUCUGACAUCAACACAUAGCGAGGCAGCCAACUAUGAAUUUACGACAUUAACUUGUAUUCCUGGUGUUAUUCAACAUAAGGGCGCAAAUAUACAGUUACUUGAUUUGCCCGGUAUUAUAGAAGGAGCUGCUCAAGGAAAAGGAAGAGGCCGACAAGUAAUAGCUGUUGGAAGGUCGGCUGAUUUGGUUUUGAUGAUGCUUGACGCUACGAAGGGAGAAAUCCAACGCCAAUUAUUAGAAUAUGAAUUGGAAUCAGUGAAUAUUCGCUUAAAUAAGAGGAAACCAAAUAUUUAUUUUAAGAGAAAGAAGGCCGGCGGUUUAACUUUUACGUCAACUGCCCCUUUAACAAAAUGCAACGAACAAAUGGUUCAACUUAUACUGCACGAAUAUAAAAUAUUUAAUGCUGAAGUCCUAUUCCGAGAAGAUUGUUCAGCGCAGGAUUUCAUAGACGUUAUUAACGACAAUUGCGUGUAUAUGCCUUGUUUGUACGUUUAUAAUAAGGUGGAUCAGAUUACCAUUGAAGAAGUCGAUAGAUUAGCAAGACAGCCGAACAGUGUUGUGGUUAGUUGCAAUUUAAAAUUGAAUUUGGAUUAUUUGGUAGAGAGAGUAUGGGAUUAUUUGGCUCUUAUUAGAGUUUAUACGAAGAAGCAAGGUCAAAAACCAGAUUUUUCCGAUGGCCUCAUCCUCAGAGGAGGUAUUACCAUUGAAGGUGUAUGCCACUCUGUUCAUCGUACUUUGGUAAAUCAAUUCAAAUAUGCUCUUGUCUGGGGCACAAGUGUUAAAUUCAGCCCUCAAAGAGUAGGAAUAGAUCAUGUUGUUCACGACCAAGAUGUCGUAUGUAUUAUGAAAAAAUAA